AUGGAUAUCCCCAUCAUGUUUGAAGAAAGCGAUGUAGUAGAAGGCCAUCAUGACGGUCUAGUGAUUUCACUCCCAGUUGGAAAGCGAAUCCUUGUUGACAAUGGAAGCUCUGCAAACAUCAUCAUGCUUGAUACCUUGAAACAUAUGAACAUCGACGAGAAGAACAUCAUCAACAAGUCAACAAUGCUGGUAGGAUUAAGAAGACCAUGGAUACAUGAGAUGAAGGCCAUCCCCUCCACGUACCAUCAAGUCAUUAAAUUCCCUACCAGAUGGGGUAUUCAAGAAAUCAGAGGAGACCCUAAGGAAGACAAGGAAUGCUACAAGAUCGCACUAAAAGCAAUCUACAGAGAAGAGUUCAGCAUAACAAUCAGAGGGUCAGCUGGGCCAAAAGAAGUUGAGCAUAGCAGAAGAACAAGAAGCCACAGAAGUCCAGCUGAACCCUAA